UGGGAAUGGAGUCGUUGGUGGUGGAGCCUAUCACGAGAGCAUCAGCGAAUCAACGGGCUGGGAGAUCUGGUAGAACGGGUCCAGGUAAAUGCUUCCGGUUGUAUACUGCUUAUACUUUUGCUAAUGAAUUGGAUGAAAACAUCGUGCCUGAAAUACAGAGGACUAAUUUGGGGAACGUGGUGCUGACUCUCAAGAGCCACGGUGUUGAUGAUCUGCUGCAUUUCGACUUCAUGGACCCUCCACCGGCUGAAGCUUUGGUUAAGGCGUUGGAGCUUCUUUAUGCUCUUGGCGCUCUGAACAUGAGAGGUGAGUUGACAAGAGUUGGAGAGGUUAUGUCCGAAUUCCCUCUUGAUCCAAUGUUAUCUAAGAUGAUUGUUGCUUCUGAGAAAUAUGGUUGUUGUGAUGAGAUCAUAUCGAUUUCUUGCAUGCUUUCUGUUGGGAAUUCGAUCUUUUGCAGGCCUAAGGGGAAGGAAAUUCUAGCAGACAACGCGCGUAGGAGUUUCCACAUGGGAGACGUGGGAGAUCACAUUGCAUUUCUCAAUGUGUACAAUUUUUGGAAGGAAAACAAUUUCUCAUCUCAAUGGUGCUAUGAAAAUUAUGUGCAGGGGAGGAGCAUGAGGCGGGCUAGGGAUAUACGUGAUCAGCUGGAGAGGCUAGUGGCACGGGCUGGCAUCCCGCUGCUGUCAAAUGUGAAUGAUUUGGAUGCGAUCAAGAAGGCCAUAGCAUCGGGGUUCUUCCCCCACUCUGCUAGGUUGCAGAAGCACGGGGACGGGUAUGUGACUGUGAAACAUAAGCAGAAUGCGUGUAUCCACCCGAGUUCUGGUCUAGCAGAGGUGUGUCCGCGAUGGGUGAUGUACCAUGAAUUGGUGUUGACGACGAAGGAGUUCAUGAGGCAGGUGACUGAACUCAAACCAGAAUGGCUGCUUGAGGUCGCUCCUCAUUAUUACAAAGUGGAAGAGAUUUAUCGGUUAUAUGUCGAGAAGCAGAGAGCUCAUUGCAAGAACAGGGCAAGACUUAACAAGCAAGGUAAGAUUUAGGUGCAUAUAUGAAUCAAUACUCAAAAAUAAUGAACUAGACUCUUUUCGCCUAAUAAAUUGUUAUUUUCACU